CCCCCAUUGGCUACAGCCCCCCUUCCAGGGCUCCCCCCAUUUCCCCCCUCACAUCAGUCUGUCCUGCUUCCAGCUGCUACAGCCGUGCCUUCGCCGCCUCAGUCUCCUACAGCCCCCCUGCUCAGGCUCAGCAUGGCCACCCCAACCCAGACCCCCACAAACGUUCCUGAGGAACAUGACCCAUUUUUCUAUGACUAUGCCACCGUGCAGACUGUGGGUAUGACGCUGGCCACCAUCAUGUUCCUGCUUGGGAUCAUCAUCAUCAUCAGCAAGAAGGUGAAGUGCAGGAAGGCGGACUCCAGGUCUGAGAGCCCUACGUGCAAAUCUUGUAAGUCGGAGUUGCCCUCCUCAGCCCCUGGCGGCGGUGGCGUGUAGGACCAACUGUAGCUACUCUUCACGGCUGUCCCUGGCGGGGCACAGGAGCCUGAGGGCCGGGUGAAGGCGGUGGGGACCCCAGCCUGGCGCCGGGGAGCGCUCCCCGGAAUGAGCCGCCGCACCCACCCCAAGGCCGGAGCCGAUGCACCCCGCCGUCCCUCCCCAGGCCUUGGCAACGGGAACCCCCAAAGAGCCUGUCUGCAUCCCACACCUAGAGACUCAGGCCUGCAACUCCUGGGACCCGGGACUCCACCCCCCAGCUGUCUGGGAUCCCUGUGUCCCUGCAUUUCCUGGUCACCUCCUCCAAGACCCGCUGUCCUGUCCCCUCGCGGGGUCCGCGUCUUGAGCUUAAUAAAUGUGAAUUUGGUUCUUC